AUGAAUGACAACUUAGCAAAAGAUGAUUAUGAUGAUUUAGUACGCAAACAGUUAAAAGACAUUGAAAAUAAAAUCACAGAUUUAAAAAAUGGCCAAUUUAAUAUAAACAAGUUACAUGAAAUUAAUGAAUUAUCUUCUGAAUGUAUAAAAAUAAAAGAAAAAAUAUCCAACGUUUAUUUUCAACUACUCAAGCAUAGUUCAGUUAUUGUUUAUGAAAAGAAAGUAAAAGAAAUAAUAAAAGAGUUGGAAAAUUUAAAACAUGAAAUGAUUAAAAAUGAAAAUAAUAUAGAAUGUCAAAAUGUUAAUCAAAAUUUCGAUGACAAUUUUUUUAUUCCUGAAAAUUGUUGUAUUGAUGAAGAUCCUGAACAUAGUGACCCAAUUGAUAUGCCAAUUGAUUUGAAUAAACAUAGUUUGUCUUUCCAAAAUAAAAAAAAUAUAAAGAUAAUAAGAGGAAUAGGAGAAUCGACUUACUCAAGUUUACUAAUAAAUAAUAUGACUAAUUGCGAAAUUAUAUUCCUUGACAUAUUAAGUUCUGUUUUUAUACAAAACAUAACAAACUGCACUAUUUGGUCCGCCGCUGUUGAGUCAUCUUUACUGAUUUACAACUGCGUCGAUUGCAAUAUUUUGGCAAAUUCAAAGCAGAUAAGGAUACACAAUGCGGUUAAUACAAAUUUUUACAUAAAUUCUAUGAGUUCCCCAAUUAUUGAAAACUCGGAAAAGCUGUUUUUUUUCCCCUAUAAUUUAAACUUUGAUGAGUUACCCAAAUUAUUAGAAAAAAUUAAUAUAAGCCGAACUUCAAACAAAUGGAAAGAAGUCUUAGACUUUAGUUGGCAAAACAUGCAAAAUACAUCACCAAACUUCAGUAUUUCAAAUGAAGUACAAAUAUAUCAAGUAAAAUUAAAAAAAAUGGAAAGCAUUGGAUGUAAUAAAGAAAACGAUAUAAAUAAUACAUAUGUUAUAGAAAAUUUCCCAUUAUUUUUAAAAAAAUUAGAUUAA